AUUAAUCCAAAGGAAGAAGAAUCAAAGGCGGAAGAGUAAAGCGGACAUAGGGACUAUGGCUACCGACUAAAGCUUCUAAAAUACAACAAAGCAGCUAUUCGGAGUCACAUCAAAUAUAGAAAUGAUGACAUCAGAGGUUCGUUUUUUGUAAAGACCACAAAACGGAAGUCUAAUGUUAAGCAUUGGAGUUUUAUUUGAAGCGAAGAUAGAAGACGAACCACUGCUAUGCUAAGAUGGCGGCGUCCAGUCAAAGAGAAGGAGGAAGAGAAUCGGUGCCACCAACUCCCGGAAAAUCAUCAACGGAGAAAAAGCCUAGAGAACACGACAUCCAGCAGCUGAUUGGUCAUCAAAAAGAACAUCCCUCUCAGCCACAAGUAUGGACCUCCACUUUGAAGCAGGAAGAUCCAAUGCCGACCCAAUUUAAAGAGGAAGAAGAAGAACUUUGGAUCUCUCAGAGUGGAGAGAUUCUUCUCGGGUCGAAGGAGGCUGAUCUCAGCAAGUUGCCACUGAGUGAUGUCUCUGUGAAGACUGAAGACCAAGAUGAAAAACCACCCGAGUCCUCGCAGCUUCAUCACAGUCCAAGUGAGGAGAACGGAGGGGCGGAGCCUCCGAGCAGCAGCUCACUACAACACAUAAAAACAGAAGCUGAUGGAGGAUCCCAAGCAGACAACCUCUUAGCUCCGCUAUCAGAUAGCGACGACGUAACAUCACACUCUCCUGAGGAUGAAGAAUGUGACGACACCCAAGAACCUUUGAGCAGCGAUACAGACUGCGAAGGUGAUAUGAGGACUCAAACCGCCGACAAACAUUUUAAAUGCUCUAAAAAGAAAACGGGUAAAAAAUGUGUUUCCUGCUCAGUUUGUGCUAAAAGUUUUCUUUUUAAAAGCCAUUUGACUCGACACAUGCCGAAACACACAAGAGAAAGACCUUUUGCUUGCUCGCUUUGCGAUAAAACCUAUUCUUACCGACGCGGCUUGACUUAUCACAUGCUGACGCACACAGAAGAAAAACCCUUUGGUUGUUCUGUUUGCGGACGCAGAUUCUUUCAAAAGUCACUUCUGGUAACACACAUGAGGAAGCACACCGGGGAAAAACCUUUUAGUUGCUCAGUAUGCGCUAAGACGUUUUCUUAUAAACCUAAUUUGACUCAUCACAUGCUGAAACACGCGGGAGUAAAACGAUUUGGUUGUUCGGUUUGCGGUCAAAGAUUCCACAGUAAGUCAAGCAUGGUGUCACACAUGACGACACAUACGAGAGAAAAACGCUUUAGUUGCUCCGUUUGUGGGAAGAUCUAUUCCUAUAAACGUAGUUUGACUUAUCACAUGGCCACGCACACAGCAGAAAAACCUUUUGGUUGUUCUGUUUGUGGUCACAGAUUCUCUCAUAAGUCCGUUUUGGUAUCGCACAUGAGAAUGCACACAGGAGAAAAACCUUUCGGGUGUUCUGUUUGUGGUCAAAGAUUCCCUAGAAAGUCACGUAUAGUAUCUCACAUGACAACACACACAGGACAAAAACCCUUCAGUUGCGCUAUUUGUGGUAAGAACUAUUCUUAUAAACAUCUUUUGAAUGCUCACAUGGUGAAGCACAAAGACGAAAAACCUUUUGGUUGUUCUGUUUGUGGUGAAAGAUUCUUGCAAAAAUCACACAUGGUAUCACAUAGGAGAACACACUCGAGGGAAUACGAUUGUCAAGAAGGGUCCGCGUCAGCCUCAGAUAGUCAGCCAAAACAUUAUUGGAACCAAAAAGGCUUUGAAUGGUCUUUCUGACGUUCAUCCAUGCCCACUCCAAAACAUAUAGAACGUUUUCUCUGGAAUGAAAACAUGCAUUCAACCUGACCUCCUUUAGUGCCUUGUUGGAGUCUUUCUCCAGAGAGAUCCAGGAUCCUGAGCAUUAUGGGACAAAAAGGGUCAAACAGACAAGGAGCAUUAAACAUGGGACAUCGAAAGGUGGGAAUAAAUGAUGGCUUCCCUCAUGAUCUGGGGUGGUUUUUCAUUCAGUGGAACACUGGUGCUUCAGAGGGUGCAGGGUCGUCAAACGGCAGCCGGUUGGGUGCACAUGUUGCAGCGGGCAUCCCUCAUGACGAGGGUCCUGGUCUGUGUGGUAGAGGCUGGGUUUGUCAACAGGACAACGCUGCAAGUUCCCUUCUUCACCACUUGGAGCAAUCAUCCCAAUAGCCUCCUGGAAACACUCGCAUAAGUAAUUUUAUUUAAUUUUAAUUUUUUAGAGCAAUGGUCUUAACCUUUUGAUCAGCUGAUAAACAGCCGAUUUCUAUCAAAUUGUUUUCAAUACAUUACUUUUUCAAAGUGCUUUUCUUACCAUCUGUCAGUCUAUCCAACAGAAAUGACAUCAUAGGCGUAAAUUGGGCAAAGGAUGUAAAACCAGAUACUGUAUGUUGUGUACAGUGGCGGCUCCUAACUUCAAUGGCGAGACCCCCCUAUCGGCGUCCACCACGUGUAGUGUAUGUUGCUCAAAUGGCUGAAUUGCGAUGGACUGAACAAUAUAGUACAGCGCUUAGCAACAUGGGUCUGUCUAUUGUUAGGAAUUGAAUAUUUUCUACUCUGUUUUAUAUAUACAGUCUCUCCAGUGCUGGCAUUGCAUUUCCUUUGUAUUUACUCCUGUUUGAAUUAAAUUGUAAACUGUCCUUGAGGCUCCUAGACUCAUUUGACAGCUGGUAGAAUAA